UGUGCCAACCAUCCUGCCGCAGACUAUGCAAAGGAGAGUUUGCAUUUUUAGCUAGCAGGACGAGAUCUCCUGGUUUUGGUUUCUGCUCGUUCCGCGUCAGGUCCACGGUUCAGUGGAGCUGUCCUAACUCACCUUGCGCGUUCCAAGCCAAGAACGCCAAGGAACUUAGCCAGAACGCGUAGAUCUUGCUUCAAGAUUGCUUGAAGAGUUUUUACGCAAAGACAAGUGCAUCACGAUUCGAGAUGUUGUCCCGCGCGAUCUCGCGUUCGCGAUCUCGCCUGCUGGAAGCGUGUCAGUCGGCCGUCGCCGUCGCGACCGGCAAUGCUGCCGCCAGGCCGGCCACCGGCUUCACUCCUGCUUGGCUAGACGGCAAUGUGCCUGCACAUUCGCGAGGGUCUGCGAGUGAGGUCACACCAGCUGCUCCGGCUCCCUCUGGCGUCACAAACUUCAAGAGGCCCGCGGUGCUGGCCCUCGAGGAGCGUGAAAGGCGCGCCCGUCUGGGUGGCGGUCAGCAGAAGAUCGACAAGCAGCACAAGGGCGGGAAGCUGACAGCGCGGGAGAGGAUUCAAGUGCUGGUGGAUCCGGGGUCGUUUGAGGAGCUCGACAUGCUGGUGGAGCACCGCUGCCAUGACUUUGGCAUGGACAAGACUCACAUCCCUGGCGAUGGUGUUGUCACUGGCAGUGCAACCAUCAACGGCAGGCUGGUGUUCCUCUUCAGCCAGGACUUCACAGUGCUUGGAGGCAGUCUGUCAGAGACGCAUGCUGCCAAGAUUAUCAAGGUUAUGGAGAAGGCCAUGAAGGCUGGAGCACCUGUGAUCGGCCUGAAUGACUCGGGAGGGGCUCGCAUUCAGGAGGGAGUGCACUCCCUCAGUGGCUACGCCAAGGUCUUCCAGCUCAAUGUGCUGGCAUCAGGCGUCAUUCCCCAGAUCUCACUCAUCAUGGGACCAUGCGCAGGUGGUGCCGUGUAUUCGCCUGGCCUCACAGACUUUGUCAUCAUGAUGAAGGGCACGUCGCACAUGUUUGUGACUGGCCCUGACGUGGUGCGGCAAGUGACAUACGAGGAGGUCACUCAGGAGCAACUGGGGGGCGCAGAGGCGCACACCAAGUCGGGCGUGGUGCACAUGGCGUUCGACAACGAGCUCGAUGCGCUCGCAAGGGUGCGCGACCUUUUUGACUUCCUGCCUCUCAGCUUCAAGGAGCAGCCGCCCCGCCGAAUCAACUUUGACCCCCCCAACCGCGAAGUGCCUGCUCUGGAGUUUGCUGUUCCACGCGACCCCAACGUGGCGUAUGACAUGAUGGGGAUCAUCGAGAAGGUUGUGGAUGCGGGUCAGUUCUACGAGCUGCAGCCUGAGUUCGGCAAGAACAUGAUCGUUGGCUUUGCGCGCAUGGAUGGAGGCACAGUGGGAGUGGUGGCCAACCAGCCCAUGGAGCAAGCAGGGUGCAUCGACAUCGACGCAUCUGUCAAGGCGGCUCGCUUUGUGCGCUUCUGCGAUUGCUUCAACAUCCCUCUCGUAACCUUCGUGGACGUGCCUGGGUUCAUGCCAGGCACGAAGCAGGAGCACGGCGGCAUCAUCAGGCACGGAGGCAAGCUGCUGUACGCGUAUGCAGAGGCCACAGUGCCCAAAGUGACGGUCAUCACUCGCAAGGCGUAUGGUGGCGCUUAUGAUGUCAUGAGCUCCAAGCAUCUGCGUGGAGACGCCAACUUCGCAUGGCCCUCUGCUGAAAUCGCUGUCAUGGGUGCCAAGGGAGCGGCGGGCAUUCUGUUCCGCGGGCAGAAGGACAAGGAGGCGCAGACGGAGGAGUAUGUGCAGAAGUUUGCCAACCCGUACUCGGCUGCCAGCGCUGGGUUCGUGGACGCUGUGAUCAUGCCCCAGGACACCCGCAAGAUGCUGUGCCGCGAGCUGGACCGCCUCAGAACCAAGGAGCUGAAGAACCCCCCCAAGAAGCACGACAACCUCCCCCUCUAAGCAUACUGGGUGGGAGCCCCAAACAUUAAGGCACACCUGCCAUUCCCCGCAAAUCUACCUGGACCGGCAAAUCUGCCAUUUGCUUUUGAAUGUGAAACGUGUUUUCCGCUCAAGUCUUAAAGCAACACAUGUUGCCCAACAUUAGCAAAAGACCCUCGUACGGUAUUCUUGGUCUGCUGAUUCUUCUGACCAGUUCAACCUUUCUGUACAACCUUUAAUAUGCAACUCUGCCUGAAGGAAAGACAUGGUGUAGCAGCAUACAGCCUGAAGAAACAGGGUUUCUGUGG